AUGUCUCAUAAAUUAAGUGAUACAAUAUUUCAGAAGCCCAAAGUUACCGUACUUUCAACAAUGUUAAAUUUUGACAAUGACAAAUUUACAUUAAUUUCUCAAGAAAUUAACCCAGAAAGCACUAGUAAAGACAUAAGAGACAAUAAAAACAAAGUGGAAAAUGAAGUAAAUACAGAAUUAGAAUUAGACAGUAGUAAUAAUAAUGAACAAAAUUUUGAUUAUACGUGUGAUAAAGAAAUUAAUGAACUUAUACCAGAUAAUGAAGAAUUAAUUAAUAAAGGAAAAAAAUAUAUAACGUGCAAACACCUGUUUUGCAAGUAA